UAUUUCUAAAUUUAAAAAAAAUGGAUAAUUUUGUUAAAGUGAAAUGGCUUGAACCUCCACAUUCCAUUGAAUAUGGAACAAUUCCUUCAAAUUGGAUUGAAGAAAAAAAUGAUAGCUUUUGGGUGUGCUGGCCUCCAGUUCCUAAUGUGAAGCCAUUAAUUUUAAAAAGGCAACUACCAAAAAAAGACUGGUUCAGGUUUAUUUUGUUAAAGAAAUAUGGAAGUGGAAGCAGUUUUUCUGAAUGUGAGCUUGUCCCCUCAGCCAUUGAUACGAACGAAGAUACAGAUGAUGAUAAUCUUUCCAAGCGAAAAUGUCGAACAGCUUUACCAUAUUUUAUGAGUGAUUCUGAUGAUUUGGAUAAUGAUGUUGCUUCCAAUCAACCAAAAAGGCCUAAAUUGGUUUGCAGCAGUGAUGAAGAGCAAGAGACCGUAGUCGACAAGUUUCCGUUACUUCCACCAUCACUACAAAAAUUGCCUUCAAAUCUGAAUUUGAUUGAUAAAAAGAAGCGGAGAAUCGAUAUGGAGAUUGAUCCAGUAUCGCAAACUAAAGUACCAUCGUCUCAAUCUUAUCUCCUGCAGCAUAACACAAGCAAUAGUUGCAGCAGUAAAUCUUUGGAUGACAUAGAUAGUACACCCACUGUAUCACAAGAUGUUUUCCAGAAAAAUAUGAUGAAAGUUUUAAAAAAUAUAAAAAAAGAUUUAUAUGAUAUUAAGGAGACCCAAAAAGAUCUUUUAGAAAAGUUUUCAGUUCUGCAGCAUACAAGGAUAGAUAAUGAUAAUACGUUUGUCUGAAUUACAAUUGACAAUGUUGAGGAUUUGGGGAAGUUAGAAAGUAAAUUAGAAGACAAAAAUAUAUAUUUGCAGCUGGUGGGAGUUUUAGCUCGUGCUUGUGGCAUCCACCCUAAAAAAAGUAUCUAUGAAGCAAUGAAUAAACUUUUAACUAAAGAUGUUGCUUCGAAAUAUAAUAUAACGGGCACUGCCCAGAAGAGUAAUUUUUGCACGGAAUUCAAAAAUAUUUAUUCAGCCAUUAUAGGCAGUUAGUAGUCAGCAUGCUGACACCAAAGAUAUUCAACUCCGCAGUUUUAUUGGAGAGUACUUGCGACAGGCUGGUGUCUUGAAUAUCC